AUGGAUUUCACUACAUCCCACCAAGCAGUAGCUGGCCCUAGUACUCAUGAUCUACCAAACUGGCCUGGAACAACUUCAUCCCAGUACACGAGCGGGAAGAGGGGGCUAGAUGAUGGGGACGGAGAUGGCGGCGAAACUGACGAGGACGAGGGAAAGCCUGGGGAAGAAGUACCCAAGAAAAGGCGACGAAGACAAGCACUUUCGUGUACAGAAUGCAAACGGCGCAAAAUCAAGUGCGACAGACAACAUCCUUGUGGCCCCUGUGUGCGACGUACUGAGGCGGACAAAUGUCACUGGAACGUUGUCGAACCUUCAGACAAAUACAUUUUGCGUACUGAGUGGGAUGGACUUCAACGCCGGGUCGAGGCUCUGGAACGAGGGAAAAACGAGGUCGGGUCUCAGCGUCGAGGAGAUGCAUCGUCUAUCAAGAGUGUUGCCCCCGAGGUCAAUAGGGAGCCUCCCUCCAAUCUUGUUCGGUCGCCUAGUCACCUCUCUCGAAGCCAGACUCUUCCUUCACAUCCAGAACCUACUAAUGCUCGUAUUGCCCGCCUCGAGGCCUUCAUUGCUGUAUUCGCUCCUGAAGCGUGGGCCCGGUUUCAAGCGGAAGAAGCGGGUCAAUCAGGUGGAGUUGGAUCAGACGAUUUUGACAGGAGAGGAGAGGAGAGGGUUUCGGCUUCGAGAACACAGCUGAUGGACUGGCGUUCCGUUCGUUCAGAGGAUGAGCGCUCCUCGACUGCCCUAGGAAGUACUAGUUUGCGUGCACCACGCUCCGAACCUAGUAUUUCUCCCCUGGUCCCUCCCAGACGCGAGGAUGGUCUACCCCCGAUUCAGCCCCCCAAUUCACACCAUGCGUCAUCGCACCACCCCGCGGCAUCGGCCAGAUACUCUCCGCUCCCCCCACAUCCCUACAGCCGUACACCUCCAACUCAGCAUCAAGAACACUAUGCCCGGCCGCUGCUUCCUCGAGGAUCCUCAGACCAGCCCCCAUCAUCUUCCUCCAGCAAUUCUCAUUUCCCGGCCCGUUCGCUUGAUGGACCGUUACCUGGUCCCCGGACAUUAGGGUUGGGAAUUGUCCCUGGGUUCGGGGGCCCAAAGAGCGAAGGGGGUGUAUCAUCCAGGCAGAUAAAUGAAUCAUGGGAUGCCCCUCUCUCGUCACGUGUUCUUCCACCCCCACUCCCUUCUCCUCGGAGCCGCGCGAGUGGUGCGACAAGUGUGACAUCUACUGUUUUUUCAGAGGGGCGGAGGCCAAGCGACCCUAGUCCAUUUGGAAGAUACGAUAGUUUUGGAAGCAAAUAUGAGGUUCCAAAGCAGACAGAACCUAGUUCAAAACAAGACAGGCAAGACGAUCCCGGCCCCCCUCAGGUGUUUCUCUCAUUUCCUAUGUCCUAUCACUCAGACGAGAGGGCCGCGUUACUGGCCAGCGUCUUGGGGAAAUCCGAGAUGGCAAUUGAAGACGGUGCUGUGCCGAGCCGCACAAUGUGCGAUAAGAUUGUAGAUUACUAUUUCGGUCGUGUGGCUUGGAAUCAUAAUUUGGUUGACCCCGCAGCUUUUCGAGAAGCAUACAAUGCCUUUUUCAGCUCGCCCUCGGAUAAACGACAUGCUCCGUUUAUUGCUCUGCUCCUUGCUAUUCUUUGUGUUGCGCUAGGGAACAUGACUCCUGAGCGGGCAAUUCGUGAGGGCAUAUGUCAAAAUCAGGCACACUGGAAGCGACGUUGCGAUGCGUACUGGCGGGCGUCCCAAAGAGCUCUGGGUGCCAAUGACAUUGCCCGUAGCAAACCAAUUGAGCUGGCUCAAACUUUAGUAAUGCUACUGUAUUGCAAUCAAAGUCUAGAUGAUAAUGGCUGGGAAUACUCUGCUCACUUUGUGGCAUUCGCUGUUAGGAUUGGGCACAGCAUGGGCCUCUCAAAACUCGGCUCAGAAGCCAUUGGCCGCGUUCCUCCGCCCGGUCUACGCGAACGAGAACUUCGAAGGCGAGUUUGGUGGAAUAUCGUGUUUAUGGAUUGGUAUCUAUCUCCGAGUGUCGGUCAUUCCUAUCUCAUCCAUCCCGCACAAUGUACCACGGCCUUUCCCGCUAAUCUGGAAUGGGAAGAAAUGGUGGACGGAAGGCGUUUCGAGCCAAGACCUCGGAACCAAUGGACCGGGGCAGCAUUUUUGAUUGCCAAAGCGGAAGUCUCAGAGUCUGUCAGAGAAUUGUCGGAUCAUAUAAAUGCAGGUCAAGCCCUCACAUACGACUUUCUCUUAGCCUACGAGCACAGAGUGAACGAACGGCUUGGUCUUGUCGCUCCAUGCCUCCUACAACGUGACCACAUUCUUGAGCGUGACGAUCGGGUAGCGUGGGAACGUAUCAUGUUGACGAUUGGGCUUAAUAAUCGUUGCAUCAGGUUGCACCGGAGGUAUAUGCUACGUGGUUAUACUGUUUUGGAGUAUCGUGGGUCCACAGAGAAAUGUAUCAAUGCAGCCAAGAGUAUGCUGCACAUCUACCAAGAAGCGCAAUCUAUUGAUUUUCCUGGAAUUACCUGGUGGGUUGUAUGUAUGCACAGUUUUGCCGCGGCGGUAGUGCUGCUCAUGGACCAGUUCUAUGCACGGACUGCUGUUGGCGGCGAAACCCCUCCGCCAGCGGAAAUGGAAACCCGGCGUCGACACAUCUUCCAAGCCAUUAGUUUACUGAGCGUUGUCGGGAAUACCAACAAUCUUGCAAGACGAGCCGCAAGAGUCCUUGCCAUACUUGCCGACGAACUCGCCCCAAUGGAUAGGCUUAGAGAUCAUCCUGGGGAUGCACAUCUAGGAAGUUGGGUAUCCGCAGGAUUGGGACCUGCGACUGUACCAGAUGCAGAACUUCAAGCUGCGCCUGUUAGUGUCCGAGGCAUGCCGCCCGAAAUCGAAGCCUUUUGGACUCGGGUGUUUGAGCUAGAUCUUCCAGUAGCAGAGGAUCCUAGAGAUGAUAGAAGUAAUCACUAA